GGAGCGUGACAGCUCGGACUGUGCGUACUAGUUUUAAAAAAUUCAACAAGCACUUUUGUUGGAAGCUUGAGAAGGCUCUCGAGUUCUCACAAGCUUUUGUGCUUUAUUAACACUGGGACAAAUGCCCAUUCCGAAGGUUUAGAUGAUUUUUUUUUCUUGCUCAUUUCCAAAGUGCAAAGCAGCACAGGGCCAGGCUGAAUCUCUUUUAACCCUUUGGAUAUUUGCUGGUUCAAUUCCAGAUUUGGUUUUGAUUUUUGAUUCCCCUGUGGUCUGCGCUCUUUUAACGUGAGGUUUUCAUCGAAGCGAAGAUCAUGGACGCAACUGGAACAGAACCAACAAGGAUAACAUUUUCGCCCUGGGAUUAUGUCCUCUUUGCCGCGAUGCUCCUGAUUUCCACUGGGAUUGGGAUAUUUUUUGCUACUCGCCGCACUGACAGGCAGAAGAAGGCAGACGACUUUUUCACGGGGGGUCGACAGAUGUCGGCUCUGCCUGUGGGUCUGUCCCUGUCAGCCAGCUUCAUGUCUGCAGUCCAGGUGUUGGGAGUUCCAGUUGAGGCAUACAGAUACGGAGCUAAGUUUACACAGAUGUGCCUGGGGCAAACACUGAAUGCUGUUCUGACUGCCUACUUCUUCCUGCCAAUUUUCUAUCGGUUGAGAUUGACCAGCACCUAUGAGUACUUGGAACUGCGUUUCUGCAAAAGCCUCCGACUAUGUGGGACCAUACAAUUCACAGCGGCCACGGUCCUGUACACUGGGAUUGUCAUUUAUGCGCCUGCUCUGAUAUUAAACCAAGUUACUGGUCUUAACAUCUGGGCAUCCCUGUUAUCCACUGGAUUCAUCUGCACAUUCUACACAACCGUGGGAGGGUUGAAAGCAGUCGUCUGGACUGACGUCUUUCAAGUCAUCACCAUGAUGUCCGGUUUUAUUGCUAUCAUGAUCCGGGGAACGUAUUUAGUUGGAGGAAGUGGCAGAUUCCUGGAGAACGCAUAUAAUGGGUCCAGGAUCAAUUUUGGAGAUUUUGAUCCAGAUCCCAGGAGGCGCUACACAUUCUGGACUUUUGUUGUCGGAGGCACUAUAUUGUGGUUGUCCAUGUAUGGAGUCAAUCAGGCUCAAGUCCAACGCUACAUCGCUUGCAAAACUGAGUCCCAAGCACGACUUGCUAUCUUUGUGAACCAAAUCGGUCUGUGGAUGAUAGUGACGAGUGCAGCAACCUGUGGAAUCAUUAUGUUUACCUUGUACAGGCAUUGCGAUCCCGUCAAAGCUGGGCAUGUCUCUGCACCGGAUCAGAUGGUGCCGUACAUGGUGCUGGAUAUAUUUCAGACAUACCCUGGAGUUCCCGGAUUGUUCCUUUCUGCUGCUUUCAGUGGGACAUUGAGCACAGUUUCCACCAGUAUCAAUGCUAUGGCUGCAGUCACUGUGGAGGACAUCAUCAAACCCAGGAUGAAAAUACUGUCUGAAAAGAAGCUGAUCCUAAUAUCAAAAGGAUUGUCCCUGUUGUAUGGUUCCGCCUGUGUUAUUUUUGCUGCGUUGUCCUCCCUGUUUGGAGGAGGGGUCUUGCAGGGCUCCUUCACAGUGAUGAGUGUCAUCAGUAAUCCUUUGUUGGGAGCAUUCAUCCUUGGAAUAUUCCUACCUCCUACUAACACCGUGGGCGUAUUUUCAGGUUUAGCAGCUGGAUUUGCAAUUUCUCUCUGGGUGUCCAUUGGGGGAAUUCUGUACCCACCCACCCCUGAGAUAAUGGGGGCCCUGCCAUUCAAUACAGACAGCUGUCACCUUUCAUACAAUUCCAACGCUACAGUCAAUGGCAGUGUUUGGCUUGUUGAGACGAGAACACAGGCUUCUGGGUCAAAGAAGAGGCCCAGAAUUGCAGAUGAGUUCUACGCCUUAUCUUACCUCUACUAUGGAAUCCUCGGAACAUUAACAACAGUGAUUGUUGGAAUUGGAGUCAGUUAUUUAACAGGGCCAACCAAGAGAGAAACCAUUGCUGAUGGUCUACUCUGGUGGGAUCUUUCAAAAGAGAAGUCAGUUUCUGAAGAGACUGAGCAAUUGAAAAAGAAAGAGGUUCCUGUAUCGGUAAGCAACAGGCCCACUCUGGAACAGAAGGGUUCCACAGCAUCAAUUCUUCCAGUUCAUGACAAAACAGGCCUUGAAGAAUCACAAGUCCAGCCUGAGGGAUUCACUCAAUGGAACACCAUCACAGAUAUAAACAGCUCCACAGCCCUGGUUGAAACUUAUUUGCCUCCACUGACAGAAACCUGUGUUUGAAUCAAAAUUCUCCUGGCAUGAAAUCCAAUACAGCUCGAUCCAA